AUGUCUGAAGCCUAUUCUGCAAAGAUUGCACUUUUUGGCGCCGGGCCUGCAAGUAUAAGUUGUGCUUCUUUUUUGGCUCGAUUGGGUUACUCUGACAUCACUAUAUUUGAAAAACAAGAAUAUGUUGGUGGUUUAAGUACUUCUGAAAUCCCUCAGUUCCGGUUGCCAUAUGAGAUCGUGAAUUUUGAGAUUGAGCUUAUGAAGGACCUUGGUGUAAAGGAGAGGAAAAGUUAUCUCGGCGAGUCUGGUGGUGUGUUGAUCACAGUGCCUUGCAGUUCUAAAGGUUUGCCAGAACCCAAUAAAGACCACAUCUUUGAAGGCCUGACGCAGGACCAGGGGUUUUACACAUCCAAAGACUUCUUGCCACGUGUAGCCAAAGGCAGUAAAGCAGGAAUGUGUGCCUGUCACUCUCCAUUGCCAUCGAUACGGGGAACCGUGAUUGUACUCGGAGCUGGAGACACUGCCUUUGACUGUGCAACAUCCGCUCUACGUUGUGGAGCCCGCCGUGUGUUCAUCGUCUUCAGAAAAGGCUUUGUUAAUAUAAGAGCUGUCCCCGAGGAGAUGGAACUUGCUAAGGAAGAAAAGUGUGAAUUUUUGCCUUUCCUGUCUCCACGGAAGGUUAUACUAAAAGGUGGGAGAAUUGUUGCUAUGCAGUUUGUUCGGACAGAGCAAGAUGAAACUGGAAACUGGAAUGAAGAUGAAGAUCAGAUAGUCCAUCUCAAAGCCGAUGUGGUCAUCAGUGCCUUUGGCUCAGUUCUGAGUGAUCCUAAAGUGAAAGAAGCCUUGAGCCCUGUAAAACUUAACAGAUGGAAUCUCCCAGAAGUAGAUCCAGAAACUAUGCAAACCAGUGAACCAUGGGUAUUUGCAGGUGGUGAUAUCGUUGGUAUGGCUAACACUACAGUGGAAUCAGUGAAUGAUGGAAAGCAAGCUUCUUGGCACAUUCACAAAUAUAUACAGUCACAAUAUGGAGCUUCAGUUUCUGCCAAGCCUGAGCUACCCCUCUUUUACACUCCUAUUGAUCUGGUGGACAUCAGUGUGGAAAUGGCCGGACUGAAGUUUAUAAAUCCUUUUGGUCUUGCUAGUGCAACUCCAGCUACCAGCACGUCAAUGAUUAGAAGAGCUUUUGAAGCUGGAUGGAGUUUUGCUCUGACCAAAACUUUCUCUCUUGAUAAGGACAUCGUGACAAAUGUUUCACCCAGAAUCAUCCGGGGGACCACCUCUGGCCCCAUGUAUGGCCCUGGACAAAGCUCCUUCCUGAAUAUUGAGCUCAUCAGUGAGAAAACAGCUGCAUAUUGGUGUCAAAGUGUCACUGAACUAAAGGCUGACUUUCCAGACAAUGCUUCUGGAGCAGAUGCCCUGGAGUUAAAUUUAUCCUGUCCACAUGGCAUGGGAGAAAGAGGAAUGGGCCUGGCCUGCGGGCAGGAUCCAGAGCUGGUGCGGAACAUCUGUCGCUGGGUUAGGCAAGCUGUUCAGAUUCUUUUUUGCCAAGUUGACCCCAAAUGUCACUGAUAUUGUGAACAUCGCAAGAGCUGCAAAGGAAGGUGGUGCCGACGGUGUUACAGCCACCAAUACUGUCUCGGGUCUGAUGGGAUUAAAAUCUGAUGCCACGCCCUGGCCAGCAGUGGGUAUUGGAAAGAGGACCACAUAUGGAGGAGUGUCUGGGACAGCAAUCAGACCUAUUGCUUUGAGAGCUGUGACCUCCAUUGCUCGUGCUUUGCCUGGAUUUCCCAUUUUGGCCACUGGUGGAAUUGACUCAGCUGAAAGUGGUCUUCAGUUUCUCCAUAGUGGUGCUUCAGUCCUC